GCUGUAACAAAGUGUCGGACAAUAAUCUGAUCUGGACAUCAAUCACUCCUGUGUGUCCGCUGUUCAGUGGUUUCUAUGGUAACAGCUGAUAAACGUUAAGAUGAUGAUGAUAAUGAAGACGGUGUGUGUGGUGUGUGUGUUCCUCACACUCGGGUGUGUCGGACCCGCUUCAGGAGGUGAGCACUCUCUGUUUUACACCUACACGGCUCUCUCUAAACCCCUCAACCUGCCCGGAAUCUAUGACUUCAUCGCUAUGGGCCUGCUUGAUGAUCGAGAACUCGACUUCUAUGACAGUCAGACUCAGACUAAGGUUCCUAAACAGAAAUGGAUGAGAGAGACGAUGCCAGAGGACUACUGGGAAAAAGGAACUCAGUCCCGCAGGAGUAAAGAGCAGUGGUUUAAGGUUAACGUGGAAAUCCUGAUUGAUAGGAUGAGACACAAUAAGACUGACCUUCAUGUCCUUCAGUGGAGACACGGCUGUGUGGUUGAAGAAGGCUCAGAUGGAAGACUUACAUUUGUGAGAGGAGUUGAUGAGUACGGCUACGAUGGUGAUGAUUUCCUCUCCUUCGAUGAGGUAAACUCGAGGUGGAUUGCUCUAGUCCCGGCUGCUGAGCCGACCAAAAGGAAAUGGGAUGAUGUGGCCAUCCUUAACCAGUACACCAAGGUCUACCUGGAGAAAGAGUGUGUGGACUGGCUCACCAAGUUCAUCGACUAUGGAAAAGAAGAGCUUAGGAAACAAUCUCCACCAGAAGCGUACAUAUUCUUUAAGAAAUCAGUGACUGACCCCAGCAAGCUGACUCUGACCUGCAUGGCCACGGGGUUCUAUCCUAAAGAUGUGGAGAUGAAUAUAAGAAAGUUGAGAACAACCCUACCUGAACAUCUGGUAACAUCUUCAGGAAUCAGACCCAGUGGUGAUGGAAUCUACCAGCUGAGGAAGAGUGUGGAGAUCAUAGACAAGGACAAAGAUCUUUAUGAUUGUUAUGUGUCUCACAGCACCUUUAAAGAACCAAUAAUUGCACAAUUGAAAAACACCCAACACACCCCACAUCCGAGUGAUCCUGGCCUGGGUGGGACAUCUGAGCGAUCCUGGCCUCUUCUGAGUGGUAUCACUAAAAAAUUAAAAAGUGAGCACUCUCUGUUUUACACCUACACGGCUCUCUCUAAACCCCUCAACCUGCCCGGAAUCUAUGACUUCAUCGCUAUGGGCCUGCUUGAUGAUCGAGAACUUGACUACUAUGACAGUCAGACUCAGACUAAGGUUCCUAAACAGAAUUGGAUGAGAGAGAAGAUGCCAGCGGAUUACUGGGAGAAAGGAACUCAGUCCCGCAGGAGUAAAGAGCAGUGGUUUAAGGUCAACAUGGACAUCCUAAUUGAUCGGAUGAGACACAAUAAGACUGACCUUCAUGUCCUUCAGUGGAGACAUGGCUGUGUGGUUGAAGAAGGCUCAGAUGGAAGACUUACAUUUGUGAGAGGAGUUGAUGAGUACGGCUACGAUGGUGAUGAUUUCCUCUCCUUCGAUGAGGUAAACUCGAGGUGGAUUGCUCUAGUCCCGGCUGCUGAGCCGACGAAAAAGAAAUGGGAUGAUGUGGCCAUCCUUAACCAGUACACCAAGGGCUACCUGGAGAAAGAGUGUGUGGACUGGCUCACCAUGUUCAUCGAGUAUGGAAAAGAAGAGCUUAGGAAACAAUCUCCACCAGAAGCGUACAUAUUCUUUAAGAAAUCAGUGACUGACCCCAGCAAGCUGACUCUGACCUGCAUGGCCACGGGGUUCUAUCCUAAAGAUGUGGAGAUGAAUAUAAGAAAGUUGAGAACAACCCUACCUGAACAUCUGGUAACAUCUUCAGGAAUCAGACCCAGUGGUGAUGGAAUCUACCAGCUGAGGAAGAGUGUGGAGAUCAUAGACAAGGACAAAGAUCUUUAUGAUUGUUAUGUGUCUCACAACGCCCUUCAAACACCAAUACUUACUCCAACGGAUGUCUCCAGAGUUUUCUGAGAACCUAAAAACAGAAGAUCAACCUAGAGGAGUGAGAUUGAUGAAGAGCCUGACUAUAUAGUAGCUGGCUGCCUACUGUUUGGACCCUGCAGUGCGAUGCACCAAACAAUGUGUACAAACUAAAAUCCGCAGCAAAACACCUUGUGACAUUCUACUACGCUAAUACGCUAUUGUAAAAUUAAAGUUCAUAUCAUGUUUCUGACGAUUGCCUUGUGAUACAGUUAUUCUAAAACAUCAUUUUGUUCAGUUAGAAGAGGGUCAUCAUGGCACACAAAAUGGUUUUCAGGAAGCAAAAUCUUGGGAAAAGUUUGCUGUGCAGUGUAAAUAACUCUGUACAGUUGUGCUGAGGAAAAAACAUCUCAGAGUUCACAAAAUGGCAAACUUUGAAAUGGAGAGGCUACAAAUGACCAUAUUGGAUGAUUUUGAAAAUUCCAAACCAGUGCAAGAUCUUAUGCUACUGUAGCAGUAUAUAUAUAUAUUUUUUUUUUUGCUUUGUUACUCUGGUAUACUGAAAUAUAACGAUAAACAUUUUAUAAGCGUCAAUUACAUUACAUUUAUGCAAAGGGUCAGUAUUUGUAGUGUUGGUCCUCCUUUUUUAAGACUUAUAUAAUUUGGCCUGACAUGUUGUCAAUCAACUUCUGGGCCACACCCUGACUGAUGGCGCUGCCCAUUCUUAUAUAAUAAACGCUUGGAGUUUCCUGGACCUGGACACAAAAUAUGAAUGUUUUGUUCCCAGAUCCACUUUUGCCUUGGAACAUGGCCAUUAAUAAAGAACAAUACAAAAACAUCCUUAGAGAGCAAUUUCCCCCAGCCAUCCAAGAACAGUUUGGUGAUGAACAAUUUAUUUUUCAGCAUAAUGGAGCUCCUCACCAUAAGGCUAAAGUGAUAACUAAGUGGCUCGGGGAACAAAACGGCGAACUCACCAGACUUAAUCCCUAAUUCUUAAUCCCACAGAGAAAUUGUGGUAAAUUCUUAAGAUGCAGGUGAACAAACAAAAACAUCCAAAUUCUGACAAACUCCAAGCAUUGAUUAUGUAAGAAUGGGCUGCGCAUUCUUAUCCAUGCAUAACUUAUUCAUAAGACAUUAAUGCAUGUGAUGUCACAAAGUUGAGCAGCAAAGAACUAUCAAGAAUUUAAUUUUGCCACACUUUCACAUACAGCUCAGUUGUGUGGGAAAGACCGCUUUUGGCGAGUGAAUUUACCACUUUUUUACUUUGUUUCACCGACAUAAUUACAGAGCAGAAAAAUGCGUAAUCUAUGCUAAUGCUAAAUGCUUGUGGAAUGAUAGAUAAAAAGUCUUUUAGCUUUUCCUUUUUUGAAAACCUUGAUGUCUUCCUCAUCUCAUCUCUCAGUCUGGAUUUUCUUGCCUACUUGUCUGUUUUAGUUAAGCUGUAGAAACUUUAUGUGUCUAGUCUAUGUGCCCACUUUGUUAUGAAU